AUGGCUGCAGCUCCCUCGUGUUUUAUUAUACCAUGUAAAGAUUCCAUCAGACCUUCAGCUAAAUUGUUUCUACAUGAUAAAGAAGGAAAGACUGUUGGGAAUAAUUUUUCUCAUCAAAAAGUCUCUAGAUGCUCCUCAUCAUUAAAUGGUAUGAUGAAUCAUAGACAGACGUGGACUGCCUUACAUGACUAUGCUGAUGUAUUUUCCAACAGAAGUAUCAGUAAACGAGUUGCUAUUCAUAUGUUUCGCAGCAGAAGGCCUAUACCAUUUCAAAACAUUGCAGGAUUGACCCUGUGGAAAAAAUCUAAAGGGAAUAACUAUGUAAGAGCUUCAAACUGCAUUUCUUGGAUAGACAGAUCUAUUUUAUGGUCGUACAUGACAGCAAGAAGAUGCCGUGAGGGACAGCUGAAAGCAUUGGAUUCUUAUUUUAGCAAGGUUGAUGAUGAUGAGGAUCAAAAACAUUCCUCUAGUAAGGCUGCUGUUGAAGGCAGUCAGGUCACUGCAAAGACAGGAUUGGUUUCUCUUGAAACUUAUUUUGACAAGCUUAAUGAUGGUAAGUCAAGCAUAAUUUUUUUAUCUGAGUAAGCAUGCGUUUUUGCAAGAGUCAGUGCCAUAUCAAGUAUUCAUUUUCGCGCGAAAUACUUACAAUUUAUUAUCAUUUCAUUAUCACAUAAUUUGUUGAGCAAGAAUCAAUAUUUUGCAUUUUAUGGUUGAUGCUUUCAACAAGGUCAUUGUCUUAUUGAAUUAUUUCCUUGCCUUUUGUAAUCCUUCUGUGCACCGAAAUCAAGGGAAAAACAAGAGGAAUGGGCUACUUCAGAUUAAUUCGGCACAGUAGUUUGAUUCAGCCAAAUUUAGUGUGUGAAACGUCCACCCAACUUACUUCAAAUUAAGAAAUAAAUGACUUGGUGCACUAUGGUGCUUCGACUUUCAUUGUGGAUGAGCUUAGCUGCCUGGUGAUAUGAAUAACGAAAUUAGCCCACAUCACGCAGACAAUAGUGUCAAAUGUUUUUGAAACAGUUUGAAAAAUCGUCUAGCACAGCUGCAGUUUUAAACUCAUCUACAUCUGAUUGCUCUUGUUUUCUUACUUGUAAUUCCACAGCUAUUUCAGGACAUUAUCUUUUUUUGCUUCUCAUGACAGGAUUACAAACAAGAGACGCUAAGUUCCUGCUUUCGAUCAAAGAUGGCUCCGAAAGAAAUCAAAAAGGAAGAUUUAAUGUCUCCAAUGGAGAAUAUUGUGAGCAAACCGCUAGUUCAAUGAAUGGAUCGAAGAGUCGUAUGUCAUUAGAAAGUAUUGAUGAUGAGGCUGUCCCACUAACGCUUGCAGAAAAGAAUAUUGAAAAUCCUGAGCCAUAUGACGAGGCUUCUGACUUUUAUUUGAUGUAAGCUCUAAUUUCAUAUUUAUUUUUCGUAUGCUUUUCUUUGUAUUCCUCGCAUUGUUUUGGUACCUGUUCUUCUAAUAGGAAGAUGCAGAAGAAAUGAUAGUCAUUGAUAAUGAAUCUAUGAGAAAUUUGAUACCUGAACGAACCUGGAGAAACUUGAUGUGGUAAUUGUAAUCCUAACAAUAUUUUUGAACUCUGGAAGAAAAAGGACAUGUUUCUACUAUUGUACUUAUAUUAUAUUUUACUUUUGUCAGUAAUUUUGUAUUAAUUUUUGGCACAGCUUAGACGUAUGUUCCUUUCUAGUUUACUGUAUAUUUUUGCCUAACUUUUUCUGAUUUAAUGCAGAAAUCUGUUGGCAUCGAUCAAUAUUGCUGUUUUUCUGUUCGAGAUCGCAAGCCCUGUCAGGAACUCUGAUUUUGAGCAAUUGUCUCUCCCUUUAAUGUAUGGAGGGAAGAUUAACAAGUUAAUACUUGAUGGAGAAUGGUGGAGGCUUGUUACACCAAUGUUUCUGGUAAAAUAUUGAAAGUUGGUUUGUCUUGGUAUUUUUACCAUUUUCUACACGAGUUAACACAAACUGCAUGCCAAUGUCGUUGCUUUUCAAAGACAUCCAUCAACUUUAGUUUCUCCAAGAUAUCUUGCCAUGUAGAAUCCGUUCAAACCACUGUAGCUUUCAUCUUUCGUAGGUUUCCUUUUGUUAUCAAAGUUCCCUUUGCAAUAAAAAACCAUUAUCUUCAAGGACCGAUACGAAGCAAUGUUGUUGUCUUUCUAGAUUUUUUUUUUCUUUAUGUUCUUUGUGAAGAUUGUUACUCGUCUGUUAUUAGUGAGGCUUGUAUGUUCAAAUUUCUGUUAAAUUUUUAGAUAUCAUUUGUUUUUCAUUCAUCUUGUUCUUGUACCAUCAAAAUUUUGCUAUAAUUCUAAAGAUUUAUGUUUUAUGCAGCAUUCUGGAUUUCUGCAUGUUGUUCUUGGUUGUUGGCUGCUUAUAACAUUUGGCCCUCAAGUUUGCAGAGGAUAUGGUCCCUUAACAUUUUUCUUUAUAUAUCUACUUGGAGGAAUAUGCGCAAACCUGACAAGCUUUAUGCACACUCCCGCAAUAACCGUGUGUGGAACCGUAUGUCAAUAAAACCCUUUUUUUCUCAUUAGUAUUAUAAUGGUUUGCUACACUGUUGAUAAAGAAUGCGUAAAUCUUUGGUUAUGUUAGUUUUUGUUUGUCAUUUUAAAUUCCCUGGCCGUCUGAAAAUUACUUGUGGCAUCAUUUUAUUUACUGCAAAGGGUUUAUUAUAGAUUCUAGACUGAGGUUCGUCAGUGCUUUCCUCUGGUAUUUAUUUGCAUUAUAUUUGUGACUAUUACUAUUCUCUUUAUUUCACUGCAACUAUUUCUUUCCUGGAAAUUAUUAUCUGUGAUGUGUAAACAGUGCUUUUAAUUUUUCAGUUUUGCCACCCCUGCUGUCUUACUCAUUCGUAAUCAUGAGUCGGCGAACAUCAAUUGUUACGGUUGAAUGCCACGACUUAUCUCUUAAAUAGUUGGAAAUCGUGGUCUCUUUCUACAGGAAUAAAGGAACAUACCAAGGGUUUUUGCAAUGAUCACAGCUUCAUGGCUGUGCUCUUAUGCUACAUUUUUCCCAGUCUAAGCCUCACCACAAUGCUUUUGCUAGCAUUACAACGAAAUAGUUUCAAACUGGCUACAGAAUUCCAUACUUUUCUACUGGCUAGAGAUAGAGGAAGGGACCGUUCUUUCACCUUGGAGCUGACCAUAAUGGAAGUUAAAAAUGACUCUUGAUCCUUGGUGUGUGAUAACUCAGAGAUCUUCCAUCAAUGAGCUUAAUUAAAGGGAUAAUAUCAGGCCCACUUCCAGCGUUAGUCUGCUGUCUUUCAGUUCUGUUGUUAUUCAGCUCUGAAAAUAUUGAAGUAAAUCCUAGAGCAUGCUAGCACUUUGACUUCUCUUUUUGGUUGUAUCCUCGGCCUUUGGAAUCUUCCUGGAAGUUUUCAUUUCCAUCACCUCUUUUGUCCUGAGAACAGACGUGUGGUUAUUGUCAUCAUCUCUAACUCCGUCCUACACUGAGAAAGACACGCACUGGUUCUCUUGACCAGUUGUCAUGAAUUGAGUAUUCUCUGAACAAUACCGGUUGUUGGACCUUGUAUUAUCCCACCGUUUGACUCAUGUGCCAUCCACCAUUGGCACUAAGAUGGCCCCCCUUUUUUUCUUUGUCCCUAUGGUUCCAAUAGUCGCCUUUUUGUGCUCUACAAAGCAAGGCCAUGGAGAUUGGCUUCCAAAGUUACUUUUCGGUUCUGGGAAAUUAGUUACUAUUUAUGGGCUAGACUCUGUUACAUAAAAGCCACUGAUAUAUACUUUGUGCUAUUAACAUCCAACCCACUUUCAUACUGUUUAUAUAAAUACAGAGAAGCCUCCUAGUAGUAACUUUCUCAUUGACAUUGCAGAGGUUCCCUCUGAAAUAAUUUUGUCGUUUAUGUCCGAAAAUGUGCAUAAUUUGACCUUCUAUCACUUUUAUCUACAUUGUAACUACAAUGAAAUGGUCACGUUUAUUUGUCUCCAUCAUGUGUGUCCAGGAGAGCUAUUGAAGUCAAGGCCUGUCAUCUUAUGAUCCUGCUCUUAUGAAAAAAAGGAAUUGAAUGAAUUAUAGUCAUGGUCACAUGUGGCAUAUAUAGUAACUUUACACGGGACCUAGUAUGCAUUCAUUAGUACAAAAUCUCAUGGACAUAUGAAAGAACAAGUCCUGGCAAGGAAUAAUGCAGCACGUAAGGCCUGAAGUAGGAAAUUGAAGGCGUUGGGCUUUUCAAGGAGUAGCUAAUGACCAUUGUAUCUGACAUAGUGCUUGUUUGGAGGAGAAAGAACUAAGCAGUCAUUUAUUGGAAUACAACUAGUGAACAUUUCUCUGUCUCCCAUUUUCCUUCUACCCUCUAUGACUCUGUUAUAUUGUUUUGCCCUUCUGCAGAUUUGCCAUGGACACUUCGAGGUAUUUUCUGUUCUUUAUAAGAAACAACGUAUCUAGGUAUACAGCUUCUUGCAUUUUAUCAGGGCUUCAUGGCAUGAUUGAUUGUGCUGGACGAUAAAUGGCUAGUUCUCUCAAAAGUCUGACGCGAUGUGUGUGAACAAGGUACCGGAGUUGGUGGAGCUUCUUGAUGUCUUAAGGAGUGAGGCUGCUUGCCCUGAAGAAUAGUAUUGAUUUGACUUGGAAAUUGGCAUUAAGAGGUUAGAUCUGCGAAAAGCAAGGAGCAUUCGUCCUAAUUUGUGGAAUGUGGUUGAAUUAAACACUUGAUACUUUUAUAUAGCAGCGUCAGACAGGAGAAAUAGAAUAACAGUGAUUUAAUGGAAAGAUAAGGGUGAUAACGUUACUGAUGCUGAUAAAAUACCACAAAAACCAAAUUCUAUGAAAUUUUUGUCUUUUAAAUGAAUGUGGUAAAUUCUAUGCAGCUUUUUCGACAUCGCACUAUCAUUACCGGAUUUGGUUUAAAUUAAAUUUUAAUAAUGCACUUUUUUGUUAUUACCAAUAUAUCUCCUUGAUUAUUUCUGUACACUCAGGGUCCCGUGUUCGCCAUAAUUGGAGCCUGGCUCGUCUAUCAGGUUCAGAACAAAAAGGCCAUGUCAAAAGAGUUCUCGGAGAGAAUGUUCUUCAAUGCUAUUCUCGCUACUUCCCUUAGCUUCGUCAUCAGCAAUUUUGAGCAAAUUGAUCAAUGGUUAGUUCUAUUUCUGCCAUCGUAAUAUUCACGUGAUUUGUUACUUCACAAUGCAAAUUUCAGAAAACUGAGGAAUUUUCUCAUUCAUUUUACAGGUCACACUUGGGAGCAGCACUUUCUGGUGUUGUUUACGGAUUUCUGGUGUUCCCAGCUGCCCGGCUAAACGAUGUCUCCGCUGAAAGCACCCUGGAUGAAGAUAUCUCCCUCUUUAAGCACCAAGCUGAUCCUUUCAAGUCGGCUGUGAUCUUCUCCCUCUUCAUCCUCUUCCUUCUCUCUUUGGCUUUUCUCUUUCAGCCCAAUCUUGAUCUAUUGGAGCUGGACGAUCCUCUGCUGUGA